AUGUCAGACUCUCCAAUCCCACAAAUCCCACAAAUUCCACAGAGGCCCAAAAGACCAUCCAAAACACCAUCGAACUCGACGUUUGAUCUGGAAAUUGCCGAGCAUUCUCCUCAAUCUGACACCUCAACUCCACAGCCUGUGAUUCCUCUGCGUCCCAAGAGGAAAUCCAAGGAGCCCGAAGAUCCCAGUGAGGAGCCAGUGAAGGAACAGAGUCUUUUUGACAAGUUAGCAUCAACAGUGGCGCCCUUAGUCGGCAUUGAUGCUGAAAACGAUGUAGAUGAAGAGGAAAAGACUGUAGGAGAGGCGGUCGGAGAGAAUGUUGGCGAAACUCAUGCAACUAACCAGGAAAUCGGAAACCAGAGAAUUGAUACUGAAAAGGAAAUCAGAAAGUCUGUAGAGAUCCCAACUGGUUUGGAUGCAGACGAUGUAGUUAACGAUAUUGAUGAGGUUGAUGUUUCAUCGAAAGUGAAGGGGGAAGAAUGGGAGGGAGACAAUAAUCAGAAAUUGAAGGCUGAUUCAAUUCCGGUAGUCAUUCCUCCACGCCCAAUUAAGCAUAAAGAGACAGCUGAAGACAAGCUUGAUGAGAAACCUGAACCCGAGGCUGCUUUACUGGAGGCUGAGUCCCCGGUUGUGCCUCAACGUCCGCUGAAGAUUGCUAAGGUGAUUGAGGAGUCCCUUAAUGAUGAAAACGAAAAUACAAAAGACGAAGUUGAUUCGGAUGAUGAAAUCAUUCUGACUGGUGAGGGUCCUGAGGUUCAAAAGAAUGAUGUUCCAGUAGACUCUGAACCUACUGCGACUGCUCCAAUUGAGACUGCCCCAAUUGAGACGGACACAGAGAAUGCUCUGCCAAAUAAGAAAGCUGUUACAGUAGACCACUAUGACAAGACCUCUGAAGUAUAUGCUGAACCCGAGGUGCCAAAGGUGUUGGCUGAGGCUUCUAGUCAGGGAAUAAAGGUUCCAGUUUCAGAGACUGUCGAGGAUUCAGAUGUUCAAGACAAUGAAGUUGACAAAAUGCAGACUAAUGCUGACUCAAAGUCCGGUGUUGCAGAAGUGGAAGAACUUCAAUCAGAAGAGGAAGAAUCACAGCCCAAGGUGGAAGAGCCAGAGACUGCGAAAGAAAUCUCUCCCUCAGAAGUGCUUGAAGAGAAGACUAAAACUCAAGAAAAUGUCUCUACUACUGAAACCGAACAGAUCCCUGUCAUUCCUUCGAGGCCCUCAAAGCAACCUUCAAUUCCUAGCAGACCGGUGAAAUCUAAAACCAACUCUUCAGAAGUGGUGCCUUCUGCCUCUCCAGCUAUUCCUCAUCGCCCUGUGAAAUCCGAUGAAACCAAGAAGGCGCCACCUCCAAAACCCAAGAAGUUGUCCUCCAAGAUCGCAGCGUUCCAGCAAAUGUUCAACCAGCCAGCACCAGAAGCUCCCAAGCCAGACUCUCGCGGUGUCAGGUCUUCCGGACGUCUUUCUUCUGAUAAGAAGGACUUUGCCUCCAACUUGCAGAAUAUGAUGGGCAGAGGAAUUGCUUUGCCAGGCAUGGCCAACCCUGAAAUGCUCCAAAAACUUAAGGCAAGCAACGAGGAAGAGACAACUGCUGACACUACUUCUGAAUCUAUUCCUGGUGUUCCCCGUCGUGCUCGUGGACCAAAGGGUAAAAGAUUACCCAAAGCUAUCCAAGAGACAACCGUUACUGUGGAAUCUCCAUACAAGGUUUCAGUCCAUGAUGUGUGGGAAAUUGAAUUUACUAAGCAAGAAAUCAACGACGAGGUUGAGGUGGUUCAAGAGAAUGCCAGCGGAGAUAUUAUUGAUGAGCGCUUUGAGAGCGACGAAUUAGACAAGCAUAUCACAGAAAAUUCAGAGUUAGGCAAUGAAGACAAGUCUAAGCGUGUGAGAAGCAUCGAGGAGGUGGAAUUAGCAAUUGAAGAGUUGAGAGAAAGUCGCGAAGUGCUGGUGGAAGCACUGGGUGUUUCUGAAUUGAGGGAUUCAUCACUGAACGAGGUUGAAGUUCCUGAACUCUUUGAACCAGAAACUCAGACUCCCGAAAAGGUUGGACUCGAAACUCAAGUUCCAGAAGACGUUAAUCUGGAGACUGAAGUCUCAGACAAGGCUCAAGUUACAAAGAAGGGCGAGGCUGAAGUUCCAGAGAUAGGCGAGACUGAAGUCUCAGAGGAUAUUAGACCGGAGACUGAAAUUCCAGAUGAUAUCAUUGCGGAGAAGACCUACCACGUCAAUGAAGAAGUUGUGAGGAGCCCAGAAGGUGAAAUUCCCGGUGCUCCGGUUUCUGUUGGUGUUUCUCAUGUUUCACAAGAUGUAGGCGGCAUUGAACCAGUCAAAGUACCUAGCGAAAGUGAUGCUUCAGAAAUUCCUGCUUCGUUGGACUCUAUUUCUCAAGAAACAGGGCAUACUGGCACUCAAGAUGGAGAGAUUAUUGAAGAUGCGGAGCCAAUCAAGGUCGAAGUUUUACAUACCCUGGAAGGUAUUUAA